AUGGAAGGUCCGAAAUUCCCUCCCGUCUUCGAUCCUCCGGUCAACGGACCCAGCAGCCCACCUGUAACGCCCGGCACACUACCAAACCCGCAAUUCAUACAUGCCUCAGGCCAAUCUGCGCCAAACUGGAAUGCAUUUCUAAACCGGGCGCAGUCGCCUCCGCUCGAACACAUACAACCUACUGGACAAGGUCAUCACUUCUUUUACACCCGACCGCAGUGGAUUGAUCCGGAAUCACGGCCGUCGACUGCCUCCGGAAUAGCUUUUGCUACACGCGAUGAGGGCUCUGUAGUCGGGACAGAAUCGGUAAGCGAAGGCCCGCCGCCAUAUGAAGACAGGCCCAUCACGGCACUAGAAGAUGCCGACUUUGAAUUGGAAGAAGUUGAGGAAAAUGACAGCUGGCUUGGCAGCGGAGCAGAAGUGGUUCGACCGGAUGACGUUGAAGAGCCUAAUGCACAGGGCUCGGGAAACCAUGAUGACGAUGCCGGAGUUGCGACACAAUUCCAAGACUUGAAUUGUUACGACGACACUGUCGGCAGUGAUGAAGAGAGGAAACGUCGAUAUCUCCAGAAGAAGAAGCGCUGGAGCCAAGGCCUAUUCAAGCGAACGCACAGCCAAAGCAUAGGCAGUGAUACAGACGACAUGGAUGACACAGAAGGGAUGGACGCGCAAAGCGUUGGCUCUAGUACGCGUCGUCUGAGGCGCAGGGUCAGAGGCCCUGGUGACCGGUCUUCACUGAUUUUCGAAGACCUUGGGAGCACCCACAUCAACGAAGAAAAAGAGCCGGGGGAGGCUCACAGUGGCAUGCCGAACGGCAGUGAACCACCCUCACUCCCAUCGGAUCAGGAGGGGCUAGGCGCACUGCCUUUUUGGGUGUUGCAAGACCCUAUGGAAAUUGAUUCAGGAUCUAGCCAUCCGUCGUCGGUGUCGUAG